CCACAUUUCAGGACCAGAACCACAGACUGAGAGAAUAAAAUGAUCCUGCAGGGAUCAGGAUGAGAUGAAGAAAUCCUCCUUAGAUUCCGAACCUCCGCGUCCGACAGGCGCAAGGACGAACCGGAUCUCCUGACUCCGGACCUGCCGGACUCACCGGGGCAGAGGACGGGUUCUGCUAGAGGACGGGUUCUGCUAGAGGACGGGUUCUGCUAGAGGACGGGUUCUGCUAGAGGACGGGUUCUGCUAGAGGACGGGUUCUGCUAGAGACGGCAGGACCCGCAGCGACAUGCCGGCCAGACGCGCCUGAAGCCGCAGCAGCCGCAGCAGCUCCGGGACGCGGACAGCAGACAUGGCCCACGUCGGCAACGGGGCGGCCGCCGAGGAGGAGGACUGCUUUGAGGAUGCCUUCGAUCGGAUUCCUUCGGCUUGUCAGAUGGACCUGCACACUGCCAUCCAGGAGACCCAGUGCGCUCUCAACCUGGUCCUCAACAACAGGUUCUCUCAGGCUCUGGAUCUGCUGAAGCCGUGGUGGAAGCACAGCAUGUACCACGCUCUGGGCUACAGCAGCAUCCUGGUCAUGCAGGCCACCAUGACCUUUGACCAGAAGGACAUCCAGACGGCCAUGGAGACCAUCAAGCAGGCGCUGCAGACCUGCCACCGGUUCAGAAAGAGAAACUCGGUGGUCGGAUCUCUGUCCAGCCUGAUCAGCAAGCAGUCCAACUUACAGGAAGAGGAGAUGCAUGCAGAGCUCUAUGCCGAGUGCCUUCUGCAGAAAGCAACGCUCACUUUCAUCCAGGAUGAGAACAUGAUCAGUUUCAUAAAAGGAGGAAUCAAGAUUCGAACAAGCUACCAAAUCUACAAGGACUGUCAGAACGUGCUGAACAUCAGCCAGGACAAGGCGGAGCAGCUGAACUCGUUCAAACAGUUUGAGGGCGGAGUCAAGCUGGGCAUCGUCUUUAACCUGAUGUUGUCUCUCCUUCCUCAGAGGAUUUUAAGGUUGUUGGAGUUUAUUGGCUUCUCAGGAAACAGGAGGUUUGGUUUGUCUCAGCUGAGGGAGGGAGCAGCCAGCCAAAGUUUGCGUUCGAUAAUCUGUGUGCUGACUCUGCUCUUCUAUAACACUUACGUGUCGCUGAUUCUGGGAACGGGGGAGGGGAACCUGAUGGAGGCUGAGACUCUGCUGGAGCCAUACCAACAAAAAUACCCCACAGGCUCCAUCAUCCUCUUCUACUCCGCUCGCAUCGCCACCCUGCGAGGAAACUUUGAGAAGGCGCGCUCCAGGUUCGAGGAAUGCAUCAGCAGCCAGCAGGAGUGGAAGCAGAUCCACCACCUGUGUUACUGGGAGCUGAUGUGGACUCACUCCUUCCAGCAGGAAUGGCAGCAGGCGUACCGAUACGCUGACCUGCUGUGCAAAGAGAGCCGCUGGUCAAAGGCCAUCUAUAUGUACCAGAAAGCAGCGAUUCUCAGCAUGAUGACGGAGGACGACGUGAGGAAGACUGGAGAAGACAUCGUCGAAGUCUUCAGGCAGGUGGAGGGGCUGAAACAGCGGCUGGCUGGGAAGUCCAUCCCCAUGGAGAAGUUUGCAGUGAGGAAGUCCAGACGCUACAAAGCUGCUCAGCCCGUCCCGCUGGUGGUUCCUGCUCUGGAGAUGAUGUACGUCUGGAACGGGUUCACCAUCGUAGGGAAGAGAGCCGACUACACCGAGUCUCUGCUGGUCACCAUCGAGAAAGCAGAGCAGCAGCUUCGCAACGACACCAAUCCGUCCGAGUUCCACCCAGAUGACAGCGGCCUGGUCCAGAUGCUGAAGGGUCUGUGCCUGAAACAUCUGGGCCGGUUGCUUCAGGCUGAGCUCUGCUUCACACAGGUCCUCUCCAGCGAGAGUCGCAUCCGGUACGACCACUACCUGGUCCCGUUCUCCCUCUACGAGUUGGGUCUGCUGUACAAGCAACAGGGCGACUUCGUUAAGGCCGCCACUUACAUUGAAAAAGCCAAGACGAACUACAAGGAUUACUCCAUGGAGUCCAGGCUUCACUUCAGGAUCCACGCGGCGCUCAGCAGCCUGAAGGGUUCGCCUGUCAGCACGCCGUGACCUCAGCUGGUUCACUUCACGCUUCCGCAUCCAGAUCGCUCUCCGCUCCCUCAGCCUGGAGCUGCAGAUCCCAGGCUGAGCUUUCGCUUUGUCAGUUUACUCAGAAGUUCAUGAUCCAUUGAGGAAGUCAGAUUAGAUUUGUUCACAAAUGUUUCACCAAAAAGCACAAAGUAAAAACCAAACUUAUUCCAAAAAAGAGCAAAACAUCUGGAAAAAAUGACAAAUUGGAGUUUGAUUUCCUCUUUGGCUUCAUUUUACUUUGAUUAUUUUUUGAAAACAGAUAUUAAUUAGUAGGAUAAACGGCUAAAUCACAGUAGAAAUAGUGAGACAGUUACUGUCUCUGCAGGAGAAACGUUUUGGUGGUUUACCUGUAGAAACGCUACGCAGUCACAGCCUUUUCACCAGUGGUGGCCUAAACAAAGCAACUGAACUCAUUCCAAGCUCUCACACACACACACACACACACACACACACACACACACAGACACACACACACACACAGACACACACACACACAGACACACACACCACACACACACACCACACACACACACACAGACACACACACACACGCACAC